CACACGCAGCUACAAACAAUGCGAUUCUGGAUCAGUUUUAUUAGUGUUGCUAUUUUAUUGUUAGAAGUGUUGAGUAUUUCAUUUGCUCAACCGCCGUAUGGUCUCCCACCAGGGCAUUGGCACCCACAUGGGCCACCACUUGGACCACCACAUUGGCACCCACAUGGGCCACCACACUGUCCACCACAUUGGCCACCUCAUGGACCACCACAUUGGCCACCUUAUGGACCACCACAUUGGCCACCUUAUGAACCACCACAUUGGCCACCCAAUGGACCACCUGGAUUUCCACCUUGCGAACCUCCACCACAUUCAACAACUCCGCCAGGCCAAUUAAAUCCAUCAGAUUCAACAAGUCCACCAGAAUCAACAACUUCAACAGAAUCAACAACUCCACCAGAAUCAACAACUUUACAAGAACCAACAACUCCGCAACAAUCCACAACUCCACCAGAAUUUACAACUCCAACAGAUGCAACAACCCCGCCGGUAUCAACAACUUCAACAGAAUCAACAACUCCACCUGAAUCAACAACUUUACAAGAACCAACAACUCCGCAACAAUCCACAACUCCACCAGAAUUCACAACUUCAACAGAUUCAACAACUCCACCAGAAUCGACAACCUCACCAGAAUCAACAACUUCAACAGAUUCAACAACUCCACCAGAAUCAACAACCUCGCCAGAAUCAACAACUUCAACAGAAUCAACAACUCCACCAGAAUCAACAACUUAACCCGAAUUAACAACUUCACCAGAAUCAACAACCCUAUCAGAAUCAACAACUUCACCAGAACCAACAACUCCACUAGAACCAAGAACUUCGCCAGAACCAACAACUCCACUAGAACCAAGAACUCCACCAGAAUCAACA